GCUUUCUCAGAUGCUGAAUGGGGGCGGAGGAAGAAAACUCAUUAGAGUCCUAUAAAAAACAGAAAGUAUCUGCGAUCAUAAAGGAGCCUGCAGGAGGACAGAGAGCCACUCAGCCGGUGGAGACCUCCUCACACACUCCUCACACACUCCUUCAUCACUCAGCCCGUCAGCGCGCUCGGUGCGUGGCGCACGGACAGAGCCGGGGCGCGCUGCUCACCCAGACAUAAACUGUAGCUUGUUCCACAGGAUCAAACCUUCUUUUUAUGAUUAUUAUUAUUAUUAUCAUUACGUUGAAACCGCGGUGUUAACUUAGAGGAUGCUCGACUCAGCUUGGAGUAGAUGCUGCUUUGUGCUGUUUCUCGUCGCUUCUGUGAGGACGGAGGCAUCCCAGGUGUCCGAGGCGCGUCCGAAAGCCAACUCCAUCAAGCCCUCUUCCCUGGAGGAGACGCCGACCCAGGCAGCGAACCGGUCCGCCCCGGUCACCAGGAAGCAGCGGCUCCUCCCGCAGGUGUAUCCGUGCAGCAAUGACAAGGAGUGCAGCGUCGGCAGCUACUGCCACAGCCAACAGCAGGCCUCGUCGCGCUGCCUGUCCUGCCGCCGCAGGAAGAAGCGCUGCCACCGGGACGCCAUGUGCUGCCCUGGGAACCGCUGCAGUAACUAUAUUUGCGUCUCCAUCUCUGAGAGCGUGCUGUCGCCUCACAUCUCUGCAAUAGAUAACCCCAGUGUGUUGUCCACCAAAGACCACAGCUGGAGGAAGAAAGGGAGGGGCCAGCCUAAGCAUGUGCUAAAGGGUCAUGAGGGCGACUCCUGCCUGCGCUCGUCCGACUGUUCGGACGGCUACUGCUGCGCCCGCCACUUCUGGACCAAAAUCUGCAAGCCGGUGCUGCGGCAGGGAGAAGUGUGCACCAAGCAGAGAAAGAAAGGCUCCCACGGCCUGGAGAUCUUCCAGCGCUGCGACUGCGCCAAGGGCCUCUCCUGCAAGGUGUGGAAAGAUGCCACCUCCUCGUCCAAGUCCAGGCUGCAUAUGUGCCAGAAGAUCUGAAGCGGAGGCAGCUGCCAUGGGCGCGGCGGACGCCUCUGUCUCCGUCUGCCACGGAAAGUUUUAAGGGAGAGAAUGGCUUGUGGCUGCACUGAGAGGGAGCAAAACACA